AUGAUCGCAAAUCUCCGUUUAUUAGAAUUAUUAAACUUAGAAAACGACGCGAAAUCAAUUGAAACAGCGGAAGAACUUUUUCGAAUUCAUGUUGUCAAACGAAAGUCAAGAUUAAGAUAUUGGCAACAACAUCAUCGAUCAACUUCUUGGUAUGCAGAAGAAGUACCUGUAGAAUCACUUUUCCUUCAAUUGGCGACAGAUAAUCAAAACGAAAAUAUUCCAACAGAUGACGAUGAUGAUAAUGAGUUAGGGCCUACUCAAUAUCUUGGAACCACGACAAAAUUUUCAGAAUUAACACUCAAGCAAAAACGAUAUCGGACGAAGAAUAUCACAGAAACACUUCAGAGCGCUGCUGCGAACAAUAAUCUAUCCAUGAAUCAACUUCUUGCUUAUUUACUUUACAGAGUAAAUUAUCACUCAAAACCAGGUGAUAUAAUUAUUAGAACAGUUCAGCGUCUUAUUGAUGUUGCCAAAAGUCAAGAAAAACAAAUUCCACAAACAUUAUUAUACAAAGAAAAAACCGGACAUGACGGAGCUGGAACAAUGCCAGUCUAUCACAGCCCCAAAAAUUCACAAAGAGAAUCAAAUAUUUUUUCGAAAUUGUUUACACCUUUAAGCCUGACCGCGAUGCUGACCGGCAACGUUAUAUGGAAAAAUGAAGCUCCUAACAGUUCAAAAACGACACGACCACUUGCACUUAUUGCAGAAAAAGAAACUGCAGAUCUUCUGUCGUUUGUGAAUACAACUUUCGAGCCAGAAGAAAAUCAACUACAGAAAGAUGGAAUUCAGUUUGAGUACGAUGGUGUGAAAUACAAUGUUCUUGUUGAAAUCCACCGUAGUAUGAAGGACUUCAAAAUUCGACAACUGGAAUCUGGACUUCAUGGGUCUCAUUGUUUGUUAUGUUAUUCAACGCCUUCUGGAUGGAAAGAUAUUCAUAAGAUAGAAUCCGGAUUUCCUAUUGAACGAACAGCCUCAGAUACUAUCGAGCUCUACAAUGAAAUGCCAGACGAAUAUGGCGACGUUGAACGUCGAAGAAAUGAUUAUGCAACUCGGAAAGGUUUAACUUCUAAACCAUUGAGUCAAGAUGAUCAUCACUACAUUACAAUCAUCCACAAAUAUAUAAAUUUAACGAAUUGGAUAUUAAAAAUAAUGUAUCACUUCCACGCCAAUGUUCUAAAAUGGACAGAAACUGGAAAGACAACACAAAAAUAA